CACGAGCACAUGGGAUUUGGUAAACAUGACGGAGGAUAACAAUUUACCGCAAAAGAGGAAAAAGAAAAAGUCUGCGGAAGAUAAACAUGACACCGAGUCACCAAAAAAGAAAAACAAGACAGAAGAAUUCACAGAGAUUACAUUUAAAUACCUUUUGAGAGAUCCAGCAACAACUUUUUCAGCUUUUGAUAAGUUUUCUGAGACUGCACAGCAGUGGUCACAAGAGCAGGGAUAUGAUAUUGUCGCAAGGUACUGCCAAUCAUCAGCAGAAUGCAGCGAAAUAUUCAAAGUUCUCGAAGCAGGAAAAAGAAAACCAGGCGAGGUGGCAGCUAUAUUUAGAUCGCUGGAGGCCAUAUUGCUCAGGAUUGCAGAUGACCUUGACAAGUUCUCCAUGGUUGGUCAGAACAUCGUCCAAAGACUUUUGUCCUCCCAAAUGGCCACCAUCUACUUCACACUUUUGAUGACCAACAAGUCUGGCCACAUCAAGGUUACCCUCAAGCUGCUGACUGCUAUGGUCAUGUUGGGAGACCGGUCAGCACGAAUGAUUCUUGCUCAAUUUGACUUCAACAAUCCAGUCUUGCCACCAUUAUUGAACCGCAGAGACAAAAAGGAUCCUAAUGAUGUACGUACGUGUCUGCUUCACUUUAUGAUGUCGUUCCUGAUCAUUGGGAGUGAUGAUGUCAUCAAACAGUUGGCGGAGCAAAGAGGUUUCCUUGGUAGCCUGAUACCUGGGCUUCAUGCUGACAGUAUAGGUAACAUACAGAUGGUGACGUCUACUCUGCUUCAUAAGGUUGUCCAGAACCCUGCGAUCAGUAAAACACUGAAGGUCAGGCUGUUUACAGAGUCCAACAUGAGAUUGCUUGGUCAGUUGUACCACUGGACAGGUCCUAGUACAUGGCAGAAGCGGUCAGAAGAUGACCAAAUGGAGGUGGAUGAUACAAGUAAGACAGAGGAUCAGAAAAUCGUAGCAGAUAGCACUCAUCAACUCCUGGUUGAGUUGUGUUCUUCCCACAAAUAUGGAAUCAACUUCUAUGACAAAUCACUGGGCACCUCUGGACAAAACCAAAACCACAUUUUGACAAGUUUCCUGACAUCUCUCACCAGAGUAACAGAAACACCACUGAUUCAGGAACUGGUUAUAAAGACACUUCGGGCAUGCCAAGACCAGCUCUGUCAGUUCCUGCCCUCCAUGUUAUACACCCUGUCACCGCGACCUUCACCUAAGUGGCGGGCUUCCAUGGCAUUUCUCUGCAAGAUUUUUGAAAAACAGUCUGAACCUCCAGCAGCUUUCAAGAUACGAGACAGAGUGAAUGUCCAUAAAUUUGUGGACAUGUUAAUGGUUGAUACUGUACCCCCACAGGAGAUGUUAUAUACUGUGCUGCAGGCUCUCAAGCACAGACAUAUAGUGCCGCGUGACACUGUCUUGGACUUCAUCAAUAUGAUGCUGAAAAGAGCGAUGACUGCCCUGGCCUGUCUGACAGAGGAGAACCUUGGACACUGGUACUCCGAUACAGAGAGGGAAGACAUAAAACAAGAUUACAGGGAAAAGGUCAUCAAGGCCAUUCCUGAGAUCAAAUCUCUGUUAGUGUGCUGGGACAAUGCGACGUCACUUGGUUCUGAGGUGAAGACACUGGAACCUGAGAAUGAUGGCAGUAGAGUCACAGAUGUUGCCUUUGUGUCCCCUCUUCAACACAUGAUUAAGAUACAACAGACACUCUGUCUGUACCAGGACCUCAUGCCCACAGUGCUCGUUGAUGAUCCUGUGAUUAUCUACAAGUUACUGGGUGGGGUUAAAAAAUUGUCACAGACAUCAAACACAGACCUGGUCAAAUCUAAGACUGAUGAGGUGAUGAUGGAGACUAACGAUGGAGGCAACCAAUCAGAAAAAGUCAAUGAUAAUAGUGACCAAUCAGUAACAGCGAAUGGUGACAAUGACCAAUCAGAAAAGUCUACUGAAACCAGUGUCAAAGCGGACCUCAACACAUUUGAUCACAUGCUUCCCCAGUUGUACCUUCUGAAACUGUUGUCUAGGACUGAUGCCCGCAAGCUGCCUUGGGGUAAAGAUAGUCAAGAUGGCCACUCCCUGAUGUACAUAUUACUGGAGAUAAUGAUGGAGGUCAGUUCCCUCUGUCAGACUCACCUGACUGUCACUACAAGGGACCUCAUCUCUCAGUUACUGUAUAGUACGGGACUGUUUGAGUACCACCAGGGGGAGCUCCAGUUGUGGAUCAGACAGUUCAAUCUUUCCAUUAAGAAUCUGACCACAAAUGAAGACAAGAUUGAUGUCAUCAAACUACUGACCCAUGUCUUUACUACCUUCAUCAAGAAUCCCUAUCCCUAUGUCGACAAGGUCAGUGACUUUGUGUCAGAGGCCAUCACCAUGGAGACAACAGGGGGCAGUAACCUUGACAACAUUAGUGUUGGAACUCAUGACAGCAUUAUUGAUGGAAUACUCGACAUGGAUGAGGAUAUGGAGCCAGAGAGUACUUGUGAAUCUGUCGCCACCGCUGUGGAUGUCCAGGACGAUGCCUUUAGGUUUCCCUACAGCCCAAUGGUGGUGAUUGCUCUGGAACACUUGACCAAGGCAGAAAGCACACCUUCUAGUGUUACAAACUACAUGUCUGGAAUUGUCCUCGAUCUUUUCCAUUCCCAAAUACAGCCUCUCCCUCUGGUGUGUAUGCUCAACAGUUGUCAUGGAAAUCAACUAGACAGUGAGGUCAUCAAGUACAUAUUGUCAUGGUUACCGUCAGAAAAGUUGCAGAAAUUGAAGGUGCCUAAAAAGGGUGUACAGAUGUUAUCUAGUAGACCACUGAUGCAAGCCUACAUCAGGAUGUGUGUAAAGUCAGCAGAGGUCCAGGUCAGCGAACUAACAAAGAGUUUGGGGGACCUGGAUGUGGAAGACAUGCUCCUUGUUGCAAGGCAACUGCUUCUUUAUGUUGUUACUGUAGAGAAAACAUGCAGCAAGAUGGGAUCAAAAUCCAGUGAUGUUUUGGAAGUACUUUUAGAAACACUCAAUGAAUUGAUGCAAUUAUGCACAAGAAGACAAGACAUAGUUCCAAAAGAAUGUGACGAUCAGUUGAAAGGUAGUCUUGACCUUUUGCAUGACCUUGGUCAGGACUCAAGGACAGAGCCUCUGUUUGAAAUGCUCCAAACAGUUCUGACACAUCCUGUGCUGCUGCGAUGGUUCCUGUAUAAUCCAGCUGAUAAACUAGAGGAUCCUGCCUACCCUGCCAAAACAGCCAGUUGUCUGCGAUAUCUUGUCACAUCUCACAUGAGCCAGUUCUUCUUAUCCAUUGAGAAACAGAACCUCAGUGAUUUGACACUCGUCCUUAAUAGAUAUGUAGAUAAAAUCAAGGACUUUAUGAACUCAAUCAAGACAGGAAAUGAGCCAAGUUCCACCUACCAAGAAUUGGUUGGAAUGAUCCAGAAUAAUUUGGGAUUAUUUACCAAGUUCUUAGACAAAGAGGCCCAGUUCUCCCUCCUACAUACCGUUCUUUACCUGCCAAGGACAUUACUUAUAAAUCUGUCGUCAGAGUUAUCUCCCUUGGGCAAUUUUCUCAUGAAUCUUCUAGCGGAAAUACAUAGCAACCUGACUGUUCACCACAACAGCCUGGCACUUCUACACAUUCAGGAUUUUGAAGUGUUAGUAGAUAUAAUGUGCAGCAUAGACUCAAGUACUCUGGACAUUAAUUGUCAAAAUCUUCUGCAAUCAUUUCCUCACUUUUCUGUUGCGAUUACCAAGGCAAACAUAUGGCAUCUCCUAAAUAGCUCCUCUGAUGUUCAACAGAAGAUUGCAAUGACUGUGAUUGAGCAUAAUUCAAUGGCCAGGUCACAUCUGGAGGACUGGAUUAUGGAAACAAAUCUUACAAGUGACAAGAAGUUUUGGAACCUCCCUUUACUGACCACCUACCUACAAUGUGUACUGUACAGAAAAGUUGUAAAGACAGAGGUCGUCAACAAAAUCUACAGGGUGUAUGAGGACUGUGUGGGAGGUUUGAUGGACACGUCUGUUCAGCGUCCCCAGAUUACAGGGCAUUUAUGUGAACUGGUUAUCCUGCUGUGUAAGCUCCGUGUUAUAGAUGGUGACAAACAGAAAGACAUUAGUCGGAGCAUAACCACGGCUAUAAAGGCCAAAAAAACAAUCAAGAAGGAUCACAUCAGAGUGCUCUGUUAUCUGUCCUCUUCAACACCAGAAGGUAGCUCUGGGCCAGUCGUCACUGAGGCCCAGGUGUACUACACCUGUAGACGAUGUCUGAUGUACACACUUCAGAAGAAGGAGAGACUAGAUGGGGACAUAGACAUUUACCUACUGGACCUUAUGUCUAAAACCAGUCAGGAUGUGAUCCAGCAGUUGAAGCCAUCUGAGCUACAGAAAGAUUUCUCCUCCUUCGUAAAAGUUUGUCUUCGAUCCCGGUACUCCUUUACCAAUACUCAUAAGAUCCUCAACACACUGGUGAAAGCUGUGUACGCCAAUGGGACAGAACUUGACCUGACUCCCAGCAUGAUCUUCAACAUGGUUCUCAGCCACUCCGCAUUUUUGUCCAUAAUUCUCCAUGAGGAAAGAUCUGAGGUCAAAGAGUGUUUGGUGGACUUGCUGAUUACACUUGUUGAGCUCAGUCCCCAAUGUUGUGACUCGGGACAUAUUGGGAUUUACCUCGGGGCCUACAGGGCCACUCUGUCACAAACAGACCAAAAGCUGUUGAAGCUUCUUCACCUGUAUGAUAAAAAUGAGGUCUCCAUGAAGGAGUACAAGCCAUACCUUUGGGGACCAAAGGCUUCUGAGCAACACUCCAUUAGGAAGUCCAUGGGGUCGUCUCUAUGGAAACAGCCAUCCACAGACCAGGUGUUGGAAUACAUAGACCAUGACCGGCUACAGAGAUCAUUCCUAAAGUUUCCUCUGCUACGGAAACUUCAGCCCGGUUUGCUACAGGACCUGUCGGUCUAUGGGGUAGAUGAUGACCUCUACGACCCUUGCUUUAUCCUGCCAUUGUUCAGUAGUCUGUUGUCCCCAGAAUCGUAUGUGGACUGUCGAAAGUUUGCAGAGACAUUAUGUCUAGGAUACACCAUCGCUGCCUUGAGUUGCCAUGACAGUGGUGUGAGAGGUGUUGCCUACCAUGUUCUGGCUCGGUACCUUCACCAUAUUGAGGGUGCGCGUUUCCCCGAACAACAACAGAUAUUGUACCUGGUCACCCUAAUCAGAGACAGUGUGACACGCCCAAACAGCAAACUGGCCUGUAUCAUCACAAUAUUUCUCGCCAGGAUGGUGUCUCUCAUGUUCGUGCAUGAUGACCACAUGUACAAAGUGAUGAACUACUUCCUGCUGUUGAAACCGGCCAUGGACAUCAGCACAGUACCCGAGUUCUACAAACUGUUCAACAGUUCUGCGUUUGAGUUUAAAGUUGAGAGAUCCUGGAUUUUGAAUUUAUGUAAAGACGGUCUGAGGGAGACACUGGAUUACAAGCUGUUUGAGUCACGCUAUGUCUUUAAACUCUUGCUCAGUUUCCAUGACUCUGGUAUCAGCGACAACUCAACUCAGCUUCAAGUAUUGAACAUACUGAAGUCAGCCUCCGUUCAAAGAACGAUGACAUUUUACCUGGUGAAGCAGCAUGGGAUAUUGAGUUGGUUGACAGGUGUCAUAGCCAGUAACAUUGGUGUAAGCAAGCUGGAUGUCAUCUCUGACAUACUUAGUAGUCUGUGGUUCUCAAUGGUUCGCCACCGAUCUAUCAAGGGAAACAACUCUGAAAUAGAUAAGGACGGGCAGGUCACAAAAUGUUUGCCGCUGGCUAUAUCUAGGGAGAUGCUGACUUGUCUCCUCUAUUUGGUCAAGUGUUGUGGGGAAGAAACAAACCGACAGGUAUAUGCGAAAUGCUUGGAGACUCUUGUGUCUGUGUUGAAUCACCUGAAGGACUCAGUAGAGCUGCUUAAAGACAAGGGCCAUGUGUGUGUUACACCUCUAACUACACAGGAUGUCUGUUGUAUACUACUCAAUUCGGCCAGAAUUGUCAAGGACAGAGUCACAGAAACCACCUGUACUGAGGCCUUCAAACUCCUCAAUCUAAAGACAAGUCAGGCAGGAAGCAAGGGCAUGUCCAGACAAGACGGGAAAUACAAAACAGGUCAAAAGGCCAUUAUUGAAAAAGAAGUUGUGGAAGAAAAAACUGACGACAACAGAUCAGAAGGAAAUGACACAGACAAGAAAGUUGGUCCAUUAAGUGUGGAUUUACUGUUGCAUUGGCAACCAAGUCUACUUGUGUCAUGUCACCCCAGUAGUGAUGGUUUCCAGGUCACAUGUUCUGUUGCCAUGGCAGCAAUUUCAUUCUUAGUUACUAGUCUUCCAUUCGUCAGUAGCAAGACAUUGGUUAGUGUUGUGGAUUGGAUACACCAACAUUUUAAAAAAGGUUCAAAUCUGGACAAACAUUUGAGGGACUCAGAAAAGCAUCAGUUUGUAAGGUGCCUCGUCCAGAUCUAUAAUGUAUUGUACAGUGUCAGUAGAUCUACACAAAGUGGUGACAAGAUUGAUGUAGAUAGUGAUUCUGGCACUACAGAGUCCGUAAAACCAUAUUUAAAUGGGAUGUUGGUGAAUAUGAAUGAGUUGAUGGGUGACAUUGCCAGUCGUGAGGAGGGAGAAAUGUCGACAGUGUGGAAGGACUUCUUCAGCAAUUUGGACACAGAAGGUCUGUGUGUGGAGGAUGUGUCUGUUGAGGUGAGGAGGUAUUUCCUCGGAUGGCCCUCCCCUGGGGACAACCUUGACAGCAAAUCCCAGAAAAUGGCAGUAAAAAGCUCAAAGAAUAAACAAAAGAAGAAGAAGAAAACAGCCAAGGCUUAACUUGGUUCAGUUGAAUUUUUGGUCUGUUUUACUGGACCAUGAGGAAUUGGUGAAGUUGACUAAAUUAAAUGGAAAUGAAAUAGUAAAUUUCUUCCAACAGAAAAAUAAUAGUGAUCAGUUCAGGCUGUUAUAAUGGAGAAAAAUUGUCUUCAUUCUCUGUACAUUGUCCAUGAUUGGUGUAUAUAUGUGUUGUAUACUGAUUGGCCAAUUGCCUAAAGUUUGAAUAAAACUUGAAACUUGAAUGUAAAAAACUCGUUUUGAGACUCUC